AUGCAUAAAACAGAUAACAGUGAAUGGAUUACAUAUGUCAAUCGUGACGUAGUACCGCGUUCGACGGUACAAGGAUAUAUUCAGAAAGGAUUUUUCUAUAAAUGUCUUCUCAGGAAUAUAUCGAAGGAUUUGGAUGAUUUUGGUUUACUCUAUGAACCUGUUCGAAGGGCAUUAGCUACACGGGUCCAGAUGUCCAAUUUGCCGCCUUUGUUAUUACCAUUAAUUGCUGGGGAAUAUAUUCAUGCUCGUAUCUCAUGUAUUGCCGAUUUUGAUAGACUAUUUGUACAGUUAGAGAAUAAUGCACGGACAAUAAUAAAAGUAGGCAAAAGGCUUAGAGAUCUUGCAACACAAAAACAUGAACCACUUUGCAAUCCAGAAUGUGGUACUAUCAUAGCGGCAUUAUAUUCAAUUGAUGGCUGCUAUUAUCGAGCUUCUGUCUGCUCUAAAGCUGGUAUUGAUUCUAUGGUUGUAUUUUAUAUUGAUUACGGGAAUAUGGCAUCUGUUAAUAUCAACGACGCUUUUUUACUGAAGGAUGCAUAUCUAUUAUCGAUUCCCCCACAAGCUGUGCAACUGAUCAUCAGCGAUGUGAAGAAACCUCGACUGACCUCAGAACAGAUCAGAAAUUUGCUCAUUGAUCAGACUGUUGCUGCACAGAUAAAUGAUGUAAGCGAGAAUGGAGAAUCAUUUAUUGCAAAUUUGUUUGUAAAAGAUGAAAAAAAUAGAAAUGUUAAUCUCACGGAAGUAAUACUCGGUGAAAGGCCAGCGCCAGCGUUACCUGCCCCGAAACCGGUUACUAUUGAGAAUUUUUUGGAUAAUGAAGACUAUUACGCGUGCCAGAACGGCGGAUGGAAUAGAGUUUGUGAGAAUAAUAAAACGAGUGGCCUUAAAAAACAAAGUCGCAGUGGGAAUUUCUCGAGUAACUUUCGCGGUAAUAUCAAUCAUAAUUUCAACGACUAUAGCGGUGGAAGUGCUACAAGAGUAGACGAUAGAAGAGUGCGCCGCAAUUGUGGGGAUCCUGGAUACUCGACUCAUCAAUGUUCGGUUUAUCGUAGAAGUGGUUUUGCUAAUGAUAAAAGCAUGUAUGACAAUGAAAGACGAAAAUUCGUUGAUAAUGAUUGUUUUAAUGGAUCUUCUCGUGCCAGCAGUAAUGGAACCAGAGGACCUAAAAAUAGUGGCUGUUUUAGUUCAGGACUUAGUGAAUCGAAAAGCAGAAAUAAUUUUGGGGAUCGUUCAGUGCGUUUAUCUGGCAGAAGAGAUCAAUCGCCCCGUCCGUUCCUUGAUCGUGAUACCCAUCAUGAUGAUACCUCUGCUGACAAAAGCGGUUGGAAGUCAGGUAAUUGGACAGCCGUAUCAAAUAUAAAUGCAACGAAAAGUGAAUUGAAUUGCUCUUUGAACAAUGGUUUCGGGGAAAAGGUGAAUAAAAAAAACGAUACAGAAAAUUGGAUUGUGAAUGAAGGAGGUUGGGAAAUAAAUAAUGCCAGUUGCGAUCUUCUUGAGAAUAGGAAUCAAAUCGAAGCAUCCGAAAAAAUAUCGAGAAAUUCUACAGCUUAUUCGGCACGCAAUGAUUUUGAUGGUGUUGGAAACGACAGAGAUGCAGAAUCUAUAAAUGCAUUUGGCGUUUCACUGCAACUCGAUUUGGAACCUGAUACUGAAGUAACCAGUGGAACUGAAACUACAUCGGAUGGAACUUAUUCAAAUUAUGAGAUACCAAUUAAAUCAAAUAAUAUCCACUUGGCAUCGAACACACUUACUCAUAUCGAAUCAGCAAGCCUUGAAGAAAUCAAAUUCGGUGAUACUGUUGGUGGUAUACACUCAGAUAACUCGGCAGAAGCUGAUCCAUUAUCAUUUUUCGUGCAGUUAGAUCGUGAUAAAGAUAACAUUGAGCAUUUGGUGUUGUCGGAUGCACAGUUGUCAGUUGACCUUCCAAAGCUAUCUUCAUUCGAAAUUUCUCAAGUUUGUAUUGCUCCAUUCAUGGGAAAUUACUAUCGAGCGGAAAUCAUUGGCAUAGAAAAUAACACUAAGAAAAGAAUCCUGUUCGUUGAUUAUGGUAAUGUGGAAGAUAUGGAAACAUCUGAAUUGCUUUACGUUAUCAAUGAUUCCCUUCCCAGUCAAUUCUGUACAUCAAGAAGAUUAGCCUUCCAUUGUCGGUUGCACGGUAUCAUGCCAGUGGCUUCUAAACAUACAUUCGAUUCUGAAGCACGAAAGUUGUUCUCAGAAUUGAUCGCUAAUCAAAAGCUGUCCAUAUGUUUCAUGCAGCAAUCAGUCAAAGGUAUCUAUGAAAUAACGGUUAUGCUCAACAAUGGACGUUUCAUUUCCGAUAUUCUGAUCUCAAGAGGUUUUGCUGUUCCAUUUAAAUGGGGUAUCGGACCAUCAUUGCCGCUUUAUGAAACAUUGGAUGUUCUUCGAUCUGACGAAUUUGAUCAUGUUCGUCCUAUUUUUACUGUUCAAUUAUCAGAUGGCAUUUCGCAGCUUGAGCGGUUAAUCAAUGAAUAUGUGGAUAGCAAAAAACCGGUAGAAACGCCACAAAUUGGCGAUGUUGUUAUUUCAUAUUUCGAGGAGUCGCCAUACCGGGCAGAAAUCAUUGGCACUGAAAUUAAUGAUGAUGAUAUAGCAUAUCGUGUGUAUUAUGUUGAUUAUGGUAAUGAAAGCCUUUGCAAGAAAGAAGAAUUGUUCGCACUAGACAGGGACGAACAGCCUGAUGAAAUACUUUAUACCCCUCGACAAGGUAUCCGAUGCCGAAUCGACGGUGUUCGACCUUUAAAUCGUAAGGAAAGUUGGCCUGAAGAGGUACAGAAAUGCAUCGACGGCUUGUUAUCUCCUUCCACUUCAUUUGAAGCUGCUGUUGGUAGCCCGAAUAUGGAUGGAGUUUUUCCUAUUAGGAUUGUGGUACCCAAGAAGCAGUUAAAUGAAAAGAAUGGCUUCGAAGCUGAUGAAGUUAAUAACGUUAAUGAUAAAGUUGAAUUGGCGAGCUGGUUAAUUACAAAAGGUUAUGCAGAAAUGCAAGAUAUUUGGAAGGACUAUCCAGUAAUGAAUUUAUUAGCCGAUGGAAAACGUGAGUAUGAAAUGUUCAUCACAGAAGUUGAUGGACAAAUCAUUCGUGCACGGCCAUGUAUUUUUGCGGAACAAUAUAACAAAAUGAAGAAGGCACGUCAAACAGAUUGUUCAAAUGGUCUUUCAGUUCAUAUUCAUGUUUUGAUUUUAUUCAAACAUUUUGAGUUUCAUGUUCAACUUAAUCUAAAGCAUUAUGUAUUAUCUUUCUGA